CAGCGAAGCCUCCAUAACACAAGUAAGCUAUGUCAUCCGUCAUGGAAAAGUUGGAUAAACUGAAAAAAUGUGGUGACGGUGAAAUUCAGAAAAUGAGCAACAUACCCAAAAACGAAAAGUUCGAAGUGCUGGACAUUCAGAAAAUUGACACUAUGUAUGGCGAGGCCGUAUACGUGGAGCUCCGCAUGGAAAACGACAAGCCAGUGAAAGUGUAUCUACCUGGACGCUUCAAAAAAUUGUCGGAGGAAGAGCUAGAGGAAAUGCGACUGCUUCCAAAUCUCAAAAUGGAGAAGAAAGAACGGUUUACCAAAGAUGGUAAAAAAGUCAUUUCGCCAGAUAUUAUCUUCACCAAUUCGAAGAGAAAGUGAUGAGAUAUGGUGACAUGUAGAACCUUCUAUCACUCAAGUGACUGCUGAAAUAGCACAAAAUUUGGAAAACCUCGAAGUAGAAGGUUCAGGUUUUUUUCUCUUUCGCAUUCAUGCCUGUAUCAUGAACAUUGGACGUUUGAUGCCUCAACUGAUUGGAUGUGCCCAGUUUGAGUUACCGCAAGAAUUGAAGCAUAAGUUUCGUUCUCUGUUGUGUGUGGACUUUGGUUUGCAUGAAGAUGAGCAGAACAUGUGUUUUGCCUUCUCUGUAAUAGCUGCACUGCAUCCUGCUACUGGUUAUCGCAGGCGUAGGGCAUCUUCGUACAGACCAUAUAUUUCUGAGUAUGUUUUUCCGAAAACAUUCCCGGUAGCUUUCCCAAAAGAGGUUGAAGCAUUCGAAAAAAAUAAUGGUAUCAGUAUCAAUGUGUACGCCUACGAAAGGGAAGACAAAUCUCUGUACCCCAUCAAGGUUGUCGAUGACGAGCGUGAGAAACAUGUGGAUCUGUUGCUAAUCGACUCUCAUUUUCUGCUUAUCACAAAUUUUAAUGGAUUAUUUCAACCUAGCGGACGGUUUCAUUGCAAGAGGUGUAUGAUGGGCUUCUCAUCAGACAGAAUCCUCAGUGAUCAUUUAAAGAUGUGUUUGCAUCAGAAGGUUGCUAAGACAAUUUACCCUAAGAAGGGAGAGACGGUAGCAUUUGCCGGGGAACAUCUCAUGUCGGAAGUCCCUUUCUACUGUGUAUAUGAUUUUGAAAGUGUUUUGUCACCUUGUUUGGAGGAAACAAACGUGUAUGAGGAUCACUGUCCUUCCUCAUUUUGCCUUUUGGUUAUACGUGCAUCCGACUCACACGUGUUGCAAAAGCAUCUUUUCCGUGGUCCUAAUUGUGUCACAGUAUUUAUGGAGCUGCUGCGGAAAUUGCAUGACGAAAUUUUAGGAUGGAUACAUGCUUUUGCACCUCUAGAAAUGACUGAAGAGAAUGAGCGUCAACAUACAGCAGCCACUCAUUGUAAUAUCUGCAAAGAAUCCUUUGCUAAAAGACAAAAAGUUCGAGACCAUGACCAUGUAAGCGGAGAAUUUCGACAAACACUAUGUCAGACGUGUAACCUGAAACUGAGAGUGCCACCCAAGAUUCCAAUCAUUGCACAUAAUGCUAACUAUGACAUGAGUUUUCUCCUGUCUCAUUUACAUCUGCUUAAGAAGUCAGACAUCAACGUGAUUGCCACCAGCUGUCAAAAAUUUAAAGCAAUUGACAUCGGCUCUUAUCGAUUCUUGGACAGUUUGAGUUUUCUGAACGCAAGCCUUGAAACACUGGUGAAAAAUCUACGUGAUAAAGGUGAAUCCAACUUUCAAUGCCUUCGCCAGUUUUUUCCAAAUGAGGAACACUUUCAGCUGGUUGUUCGUAAGGGGGUCUUCUGUUAUAACUUUGUCACCAGUUUUGAAGCCUAUGAUGAGCCUUCGCUACCACCUCGAGAUAAGUUCUUUAACAUUUUGAAUGGAACCGAAGUAAGUGAACAAGACUACAACCACGCGCAGAAUGUGUAUGAAAAAUUUCGGCUCAAGAGUCUUGGAGAGUAUUCGGACUUAUACCUUCUGACAGACACACUGCUUUUAGCAGAUGUGUUUCAGAACUUUCGAAAGUGGACACUCGAUGUGCACAAGAUUGAACCGUUUCAUUUUGUAUCCCUUCCAGGAUUAAGCAUGUCUUGUGCACUAAAAAUGAGUCAGGUAGAACUAGAACUAAUUAACGACCCCAACGCGUACCUGCUCAUCGAGAAUGGCUUACGAGGAGGUGUCACACAGUGCUCCCUGAGAAAAGCAACUGCGAAUGUGCCAGGAACAGAACAGUUUGAUCCCGAAAAAGAAAAAAAAAUAAUUAACUACAUUGAUGUAAAUGGCCUGUAUGGAGCAGUCAUGAGAGAACCAUUGCCUUACGGAGGAUUUGAGUGGCUCACUGAGGAGGAAAUUGUUAACUUGGAUAUAGCUCAGAUACGAGAUGAUAGCCCUGUGGGUUACUUUCUUGAGGUAGACCUAGUGUAUGACCGAGCAACUCAUGAACACCACAGAGAUCUUCCCGUUGCCCCUGAAAAAAUGUCCGUUCGUUAUGAGCUAUUGUCAGACUAUCAGAAGGCGCUCAUGAAGAAGUUCAAUCUUCCACAGAAAGCUACCGAAGCAAAACUGUUGCUAACAUUAUUUGAUAAAGAGAGGUACUUUCUCCACUAUCGCAAUUUGCAACUGUAUCUGCAAUUGGGGUUGCGUCUCACUAAAGUUCACAGGGUUCUCAAGUUCAAUCAAAAGCCCUUUCUGCGAUCCUAUGUCGACUUCAAUCACGAACUUCGGAAGCGAGCUACAAACGCAUUUGAGAAACAGCAAUCAAAGCUAAUGAUUAAUAGUGUAUAUGGCAGGACAUGUAUGCAAGUCAGGAAAUUCGUAAAUUGUCGCCUCACAGUAACAGAUGAGCAAGUGUUGAAGCUUCUACGUAAACCAAACUUGAAACAGUUCCGCCCUCUGAGCUCUCACGUCAUCUUGUUCCAAUUUAGUCAGUCUGUUCUUCGCAUGAAGCAACCGCUGUACCUGGGCUUCACAAUAUUGGAAUUGUCUAAGCUGAAGAUGUUUGAUUUUUAUCAUAACCAUCUUCUCCGUGUAGCCCCUGAUACACGACUGCUAUACAUGGACACUGAUUCUUACAUUGUGAUGCUGAGUGACGAUAAAGUACUCCACGAACUAGCUGACGAGCAUCUAGACAACUCUGGAUAUGACCCUGAUCACCCACUCUAUUCGACAAAAAACAGGAUGGUACUAGGAAAGUUUAAAAAUGAGCUUCCUCGUGAUCACAUUCUUGGCUUCUGUUGUCUGAAGCCAAAGCUGUACGCCCUCGAUCUGUGCAGCAAAAAGCAGUACAAUCGCGCUAAGGGUGUUAAACAAUGUGAAGCACAAAAACUCCACUUCUCUAUGUAUACGAAUGCUCUCGAGCAGGGCACAAUGCAUAAAGUUAAACAGAACCUCAUUGUGCACAAGGACAAUGUCAACAAAAGUGUGUCAGUGACAAAAAUAGCCCUCAAUCCACUGGAUACGAAACGCUUCAUUUGUGAUGAUGGAAUUGACACGCUACCUUUUGGCUAUGGUUGAAUUUUUUUAAUGUGUACGGAUUGGUCUCUCUAAUGAAGCGAUGGUGUUGGGGUGUGCACCGUCACGAGGUUUCAUUACAGAGUUGGCAUACGGGAGUAGGAGGGAACUCAUCUGUUAUCACCCCCGCAACAGAUGUUGCCCUUCUAUUCCUGGUCCCACAGAAAAAAAUUGUAAUAAAGAUGUUACAUCCAUAUAGCUAUGGUUUGUCAUAUAUUAGAACAAUGUCAUGUUAGAACCAUGAACUAAAGCUAUUGCAUUAUUCCACAUCUAUGGUUGUCAGUGUGGGAUUACUUACAACUGUGAGUUAGGAGCUAGAGGAUAUUUGUUAGCCACGAGUGAUGACUAAGCUGAGACCUGGUUUGAUGAAUUUCAUGUCUUCCUGAAGUAAUGUGUAGCUCUUGAUGUGAGUGAAAGAGAGACAGUUUGCUUUCCCAUAUUGCUGCAUGCAUUUGCGAUGGAAAUAACAACUGACUUUGUCUGCAAGUCACUGUUUGUAAAUGGACCGUCUCAGACGAAUUUGAUUAUAUGUGUGUGAAAUAACCUGUUUUCUAAGAAUUUGAUUAUAAGAGUAUGUGAUAACCAGUUUCUAAUAGCAUGUAUGUAAUCUAUAACAACGUCUUUGUUUGCAAGUCAGUGUUUGCAAAUAGCCUGUCUCAGAUGAGAGUCACUGUUUGUAAAUGAUCCGUGUCAGAAAAUUUUUGAUUAUACAGUCAAACUUCUUUACAACGAAACUCAGGGGACAGCAAAAAAAUUCGCAGUAAAGGUAUUUUCGUUAAAAAGGAUGUCCAUUAUUGGACCUAUAGGGCUCCAGCAGG